AUGCCAGUUUACCAACUUCCUCAAAAUAUCACAACAUCCGAUUCCGAUCUUCUUUUCAUGGAAGAGGUAAUAAUUUUUGAUAAGCCUGUACUUCCAAUCAUGACUCAUCUUUUUUUUCAGCUCCUACAACAACAACUUGAUGCCUCCUAUUCGUUGGCGAUGAUCGCAACUGCUUAUCUUGUUGUGCUCCUUUUGGUGUUCCUCUGGAAUUUGAAGAUGUUGCGCAGAAGGUAUGAAAUUUUGACUUUUUUCUAGGACAAUUCACAUUUUUCAGAAAUGCUGCUCCUCGUUUUCCGAGAACUCCAGUUCUCAUCAUCAGAGCUCCAAUUUCUGCCACAGCACGUUUGACCAAAGUGGUCAUCGUGCGCGAGGAUUGA